AUGGUGAGGAUAGAUACUGAGAUUGUUUCAAGAGAAAUCAUCAAACCAUCUUCACCAAUAGUUCAGCAUAAAAAACCCUACAAACUAUCCCUUUUAGACCAGCUUACUCCCACAACUUACUCCUCCAUUAUUUUCUUCUAUCCAAAUAUGAACGAUGUCAAUUCCAAUAGUAUCACAAAAACCAGAACUGAUCACUUAAAGAAAUCUCUCUCAGAGACUCUUAAUAUCUACUACCCUUUAUCUGGAAGGGUAAAGGAUAACCUGUUCAUUGAUUCUUUCAAUGAAGGAGUUCCAUCCAUUGAAGCCCAAGUUAAUUGUUGCCUGUUCGAUUUCCUUAAACACUUUGAGAUUGAGUCGUUGAACCAUUUCCUUCCCUUCCAACCCUAUUCCAAGGAAGACAUGAAUGCACCUUUGAUGUCAAUACAAGUUAGCAGGUUUACUUGUGGAGGAAUGGCAGUGGGUUUUGCUGCUUCACACAAGCUCGUGGACGGAGCAACAUUUAAGGCUUUCCUUACAGCUUUGACUUUUAUAUCCCGAGGUGAUUGCAAUGAUGUUAAACAACCUGAUUUCGAACAGGCAUCGCUCCUUUUUCCACCCAGAAAUUCACUUCCACUAAACCAUCUAUCACUAAUGGAAACCUUGUGGUUCACGGAAGGAAAUUACAUUACAAGAAGGUUUGUCUUUAAUCCAAAAGCGAUAGCCAUGUUAAGGGCCAAGGCCAAAGCUGGCAGGCCUGAUGCUAAGCCAACUAGAAUUCAAACGUUGACGUGUUUCAUUUGGAAAUGUUGUAUGGCCGCUUCAAAGGCCAUAUCAGGUUCACCAAAACCAUCCAUUUUGGUUGAAGCGGUCGAUCUGCGGUCGCGAACAAAUCCGCCCAUCUCUGACACUUCCACUGGGAAUGUCUUUUGGUGGGCAACUGCACUUGUUAACCCCAUGGGCACAAAAACAGAGUUGCCUGAAUUGGUUUACAUAUUGAAUGAAGCCACUGCACUCUAUGAUAGUGAUUACACACAAACCCUUCAAGGUGAAGAAGGGUUUAAAACCAUGUCUGAAUACUGUAACCAGCUAGAAGAGUUAUUUUCACUUGAAAAGCCAGAUAUAUUUGCAAUUACUAGCUGGUGUCAUUCUGGUUUCACAAAGACCAACUUUGGAUGGGGAGAGCCCAUCUGGGCUGGUCACAUGGGAAAGGCCGGCUCUGCUUUCAAAAAUCUCACCAUGUUCAUUGAAACCAAAGAUGGUAAAGGCAUUGAGGCAUGGGUCACCUUAGAUGAGGAAAGAAUGACCAUCCUGGAACGUGAUCCUGAGUUCCUGGCUUUUGCAUCUCCAAAUCCCAAGAUUUAUCCCCUCAAUAUCAUCUCUGUGUUAUAA